UCCGGUCCACGGCGCGGUCCGCCCUCGCACCCCCCCGGCGGCAGCCCCGAGCGUGCCCAUGCACGUCUAGUGCACGCCGCCGGCGAGCAGGCUAGCUCUUGGACAGCAGCUUGUGUCACGCCAGAACGAAUUGCCGGAAUAAUAAUAACUGUAAGAAAACAAGGACAGCAACAACAAGCAAAAGUAUCUGGGAGGGGCUGCGAAGUUUUUUGGAAGAGAAGUCUGUUUUGACGUCAAGUGGGGGAGGUGUGGUGCAUAGCACCCCACGAUCUCAAAGAUGGAGGCGGACGACCGUCUUGACGCCGGCCAGCGCAGCACCGGCGGGCCUACCGUCCCCAUCGCCCCCUCCGGAACCCCGCCCCGGCGGCCCGCAUCGCGGCACCAGCGGUACUGAGGCCUCCGCCGCCGCGGGGAGGGGCGACUCCGGGCCCGUCCAGGCGCCGUCCCGGACGCCGCCAUGGAGCCCAGGAACUGCACCGGAACAUGUUUCUUGGCGAAUGGAACGCUGUGGAAGAACGUCUCCGAUGCGCUGGAGGGCGACGAGAGAUCGUACGUGCCCUACGAGCAGCGCGUGGAGACGUACCUCGUGCCCGUCAUCUUCCUCUUCAUCUUCGUGCUGGGCGCCGUGGGCAACGGCACCCUCGUGUUCGUCUUCAUCCGACACCGCGGCAUCCGCACCGUGCCCAACAUCUACAUAUUCAGGUGCGGAUCGUGUGUGUACUCUUGUGUGUGUGUAAAUACACCGUGAGAAAUGGUUAUAGGUUUUACAGGAAAAUUUUCCUUGAUGGUGUAUUGUAAAAUUACAAUUCAAAAUUGUAAAAUUACAAUUCAAAAUUGUAAAAUUACAAUUCAAAAUUGUAAAAUUACAAUUCAAAAUUGUAAAAUUAAAAAGCCCUUCCUAUCGACUUGGAAUUUUAUCAACAAACAAAGAAUGGAUUCUCGUGAGUUCACAAAAUAUUUUGUCAAUCGAAAUAAAAAGAUGGGGGCUAGAUUUUUAUAUUUUCUCCUUCUGGUAGAGACACUCCUGGGGACUGUCUAAAAAUGUUGUAAAUUUACGAUGGGGAGGGAAUAGUACUCACACAUGCAGGCACACCCACACAGCACUGUGUGUGGGCGUGAGCGGCAGCGGCACAAAGUUACGGCGCGCAAUGUCGAGCAGAACCGUAUGAAAGAUUCAAGUUUUAACUCAAGCGAGCCGUGACCCCCGGUUGUAUCAGAGAGAACGCCGCCGCCGUGUUGCUGGUUUGCCUGUUCCUCCUCCUCCUCUGCUCGCGCGCAAGAUGCCAUGCGGUGCGGUGCGUCUGCGGUCCGACAAAGUAUGCAAUCCCGCAACACUGUAGUAGCGCCUAUUGUCCGCUCUGAAAGGCCCGGUACCGAGGGGGUGCUGUCUUCGAAAAUCAUUGUACAAGGCCGAAAAAAUCACAAAAAAAA